UUGUUUUUUCUUGGUCUCGCCAAGGAAAACUUUUAGAGCAAGUCGAGGAAAAACUGGCGCUGGGAAGGAGGAAAGUAAUGGUGGGAAACGGAUCGCCCUGGCAAAGACGCUUGGAGGCAAGGAAGAUCAUGGCUUUCUCCACCUCUGAGAUGGAUGAGGCCUUUGACUACUUGUUCAAGAUCAUUCUGAUCGGAGAUUCAAAUGUUGGGAAGACAUGCGUGGUGCAUCGUUUCAAGUCAGGGCAGUAUAAUGUGAAGCAGCAGAAUACCAUUGGGGUGGACUUCACAGUGCGCUCCUUGGAGAUUGAUGGCAAGAAGGUCAAGAUCCAGGUGUGGGACACAGCAGGCCAAGAACGCUUCCGCACAAUAACCCAGAGUUAUUAUCGCAGUGCCCAUGGCGCUAUUCUUGCCUACGAUAUGACAAGGAGGUCCACUUUUGAGUCUAUCCCUCACUGGAUUCAUGAGAUUGAGAAAUAUGGUGCAGCUAACUUGGUCCUGAUGUUGAUUGGAAACAAGUCAGAUGAAACCGAGAAGCGCCAAGUCCUGUUUGAAGACGCUUGCACGCUAGCUGAGAAGCACGGCCUAUUGGCUGUGUUGGAGACCUCAGCCAAAGAGGCCCAAAAUGUUGACGAGGUCUUUAUACUAAUGGCUAAAGAGCUCAUGGCUAGAAAUUCCUUACAGCUGAGUGGGGAGAGCGGGCCUACAGGUAGCAUUCAUCUGGACACUAGACCAGUGAUAGCCACUCAGCCCAACAAAUCUGACUGCUCAUGUUGAUGAGAAGCUUCAAGAAGAAUCAGCUAUGGUCGUUCUGGUGGUCUAUACCGUUUGAGAAUUUUCUGUCUAGCCUUGGCUUGUUCAGAUUUGUAUAUCAGCCAUGCAAUGCUGACCUGUUCUCCAGAGGUAGAUGCCACUCUUUGUUGCCGUGGUCAAAGCAAGUUGUGGUGGUCAGAACUGGUGGUGCCAUGCAACACCCUGCAAUGGAGGAGAAGAGGGGGUCUCUUGGAAGCCACUAGCUUACUUGAAGGAACUGUGCAGAACUUUAACAAGAGUAACACAGCAUUUCUCAUAGCCAUGAAGAUGGCAGUCUGUUGAUUUUCAUGUUCCAGUGGUAGCUUUGAAAAUGGUGGGUGGGGUCACUUGUCUACUGUGGCAUCUGGUUUUUGUGCACAUUGAGCUCAGUGCUGCAUAGCUGCAUUACUUAAAGCUGACUCCUAAGAAGCCUAAUAAUUUCACAAGUGUCUAGCAAACCUGACUUAUCUGCCAGUUUUCUUUUAUUGCCCCACUUAUUGCAAUGAAUAAUUCAGCAUUUUCAUAGGUAACUGUGGCAUGGGAUUAGUCCCUCUCACCCACUUGGAAUUAAUUUAGUCUCUUUAUUAACAGUGGUUUAGUUUGGAUUGCAAAGAACUGCUGUAAGGGUUUGUAGAUACUGUUCUCCAGUUCCAUGUUUUGCCAAUGUUAAAUUUCAAAGAUAAUGCAUCUGAAUUUCCCCUUAUCUAUGAGCAAAAACUACUUGCAAUUUGUUAUACUUCAACAUAUUUGAUAAGAAUUGAGCACCAUUGGUUUUUGAAAUCUGCAGCUAUCAAGAUUCUCCGCACCAGCUACAUGGUAAACUGAACAUUGUAAAAUUGUUAGAUUCAAAUGCAGUAAAUGGGUGUAUGGGAGUUUCUCCUCUGGUUCCCUUUUGAAAUGACUUGAAGUGGAGGCAUUGCAUGGAUUUCCUUUAGGGGAACUGGUUGAUGAAUUUGGAUUCUGUAACCUUUCUUCAUUUUGAUAAUGGGAAGAGUACAUAAAAAGUUGACCUCAUUCUGAGAUGCUUUAAUGAUGUGUGACCAAAUUAUCAGAUAUGGUGCUACUAGAUGUUUUGCUAGUAUUUGUAUCUUGCCAUUUUAGUUUCUAGGAAAUACAGUGAAGAAAAGCAGUGCCCUCUUUGACCGAGAAGAGGUCUUGAUUCUUUGGCAGGGAUGUGUGUUUGUGUGCUCGGGAUUCAAAUGUAGCCCUUGUAAUGUACUGACCCUUUUCAUUGUUACCCCUCUCUAAAAUGGAAUUUGUUACUAUACUAACAAAUGUGCUUGGAGUUCUGAAACAGCUCUUUAAUUAGUAUCUAACUCCUGCAACAGGUGCAUAUUAAAAUAAAAACGACCUGCCCUUUUAAUACACUGUAACAAUGGUUACAUUAAAGGGGCGGGGGGAAUCUUAACUUCAUUGUAGCUGAAGUUGUAGUGUAAAAGAUUAUUGUAGAAUAGAAUACAGAGGAAUGACUGAUAACAAUUAACAAUUAUAUAGAGCUCAUAGUGGUAAACAACAACGGUCAAGUGAUCUUUAUAGUGAACAAAGGAGUAGACUAUCCUUUUAAAAAGCCCAUACACACAUGGUAGAGUUCUGUUUUGCUAUUUGGUUAUCCUUGAUACACUUAUAUUAAAACUUCAUUACUGUGUAACAUAACAGUACUUCAGAUU